AUGAAAGAAGUGGUUGUCGAUAUAGCCCCUAAAUGUAUCAAGGGUUUAGAGUUCGGGGCCUUAUCUGCCAAGGAUAUUGUUGCCCAAUCUGAAGUCGAGAUCCAGACCCGUGAUUUGUACGAUCUAGAAAAGGGUAGAACACCAAAGGAACAUGGUGCAUUGGAUACAAGAAUGGGUAUUUCAUCAAACGCCCAAGAGUGUUCAACAUGUCAUGGUAAUUUAGCUUCAUGUCAUGGUCAUUUUGGUCAUAUUAGGUUGGCUUUGCCUGUAUUCCAUGUGGGAUAUUUUAAGAGUAUCAUUUCUGUCUUGCAGUGUAUUUGUAAAAACUGUGCUGCCGUAUUAUUAGACGAACCAACAAAGAGACGAUUUUUGAAUGAUUUGAGAAGACCAAACAUUGAUAAUUUGAGACGUAUGAAGAUUUUGAAACAAGUUAUUGAACAAUGUAAAAAGCAAAGAAGAUGUCUCAAAUGUAACCAUGUUAACGGGGUAGUUAAGAAAGCUGCCAGUGGUGCUGGUCCAGCUGCGUUGAAGAUUGUCCAUGACACUUUCAGAUGGAUUGGUAAAAAAGACACUCCAGAAAAGAAUGCUUGGGAUGAUGAUUUAGAGAAAGUUUUUCAAAGAAACCCCGAGUUGUCCAAGUUUGUUAAGAGGAUUCAUGAUGAUUUGAACCCGUUGAAGACAUUGAAUUUAUUCAAACAGAUUACUCCCCUGGAUUGUGAAUUGUUUGGGUUGGAUCCUGCCAAAGGAGGUAGACCAGAAAUGUAUAUUUGGAGAUAUUUGCCAGCACCACCUGUUUGUAUCAGACCAUCUGUUAUGAUGGAUGCUCAAUCCAACGAAGAUGAUUUGACUGUGAAGUUAACUGAAAUUGUCUGGACCUCCUCUAUGAUCAAGGCGGGGAUUUUAAAGGGUAUUUCCAUCAACAACUUAAUGGAACAAUGGGAUUACAUGCAAUUAUCUGUUGCCAUGUAUAUCAACUCCGAUUCUGCCAACCCUGCAUUGCUGGCAGGUGGUGGUGGUGCUAAGGCCUCCAAACCUAUCCGUGCAUUUUGUCAAAGAUUAAAGGGUAAACAAGGUCGUUUUAGAGGUAACUUGUCUGGUAAGAGAGUUGAUUUUUCCGGUAGAACUGUCAUUUCCCCCGAUCCGAACUUGAAGAUUGACGAAGUUGCUGUUCCCGAUAGAGUGGCAAAAGUGUUGACAUAUCCUGAAAAGUGUACUCGAUACAACAGAAAGAAAUUACAACGUUUGGUGUACAAUGGUCCAGAUACUUAUCCUGGUGCAAACUAUGUCGCUAAACAAAACGAACCAGGUAAGAGAAACUUGCGUUUCGGUGACCGUGCUAAACUUGCAAAGAAUUUGCAAAUAGGUGAUGUUGUUGAACGUCAUAUUGAAGAUGGUGAUGUUGUUUUGUUCAAUAGACAGCCUUCGUUGCAUAGAUUGUCGAUCUUGUCCCAUUAUGCCAAAGUUCGUCCUUGGAGAACCUUCCGUUUGAACGAAUGUGUUUGUACUCCAUAUAAUGCCGAUUUUGAUGGUGAUGAAAUGAACUUGCAUGUUCCACAAACUGAAGAAGCUAGAGCCGAAGCAAUUAAUUUGAUGGGGGUUAAAAACAAUUUGUUGACACCUAAAUCUGGUGAACCAAUUAUUGCUGCCACACAAGAUUUCAUCACUGGUUCCUAUUUGAUUUCGCACAAGGACUCGUUCUUUGAUCGUGCAUCGUUGCUGCAGUUGUUGAGUAUGAUGUCUGAUGCCAAUAUCCAGUUUGAUAUUCCUCCACCGGCCAUCUUUAAGCCAGUCAUGUUGUGGACUGGUAAGCAAGUUUUCUCUUUGUUGAUUAAACCAAACAAACAGUCCAAAGUUGUUAUCAAUCUUGAUGCCAAGAACAAAACCUUCCAUCCACCAGCCAAAGGUUUACCUAAUGAGAUGUCUCCUAACGAUGGGUUUGUUGUUAUUAGAGGUUCUCAAAUCUUGAGUGGGUUGAUGGACAAGUCUACAUUGGGUGAUGGUAAAAAGCAUUCUGUUUUCUAUACUAUUCUUCGAGAUUAUGGUCCACAAGAAGCCGCCAAUGCCAUGAACAGAAUGGCCAAAAUGUGUGCCAGAUAUUUGGGUAACAGAGGGUUCUCUAUUGGUAUCAAUGAUGUUACUCCUGCUGAUGAGUUGAAACAAAAGAAAGAAUUGAUGGUUGAACAAGCAUAUCUCAAGUGUGAUCAAUUGAUUGACUUGUAUAACCGUGGUAAAUUGGAAACCCAACCAGGUUGUAACGAAGAACAGACUUUGGAAGCCAAGAUUGGUGGUUUGUUGUCAAAGGUUAGAGAAGAAGUUGGGGAAGUUUGUAUUAGAGAAUUGGACUCAUUGAAUGCUCCGUUGAUCAUGGCAACCUGUGGUUCUAAAGGUUCUACUUUGAAUGUGUCACAAAUGGUGGCGGUUGUCGGUCAACAAAUUAUUUCCGGUCAUCGUGUCCCAGAUGGGUUCCAGGAUAGAUCGUUACCUCAUUUUACCAAAAAUUCCAAAACUCCACAAUCCAAGGGGUUUGUUAGAAACUCGUUCUUUAGUGGAUUGACACCACCAGAGUUCCUUUUCCAUGCUAUUUCUGGUAGAGAAGGGUUGGUUGAUACUGCUGUCAAGACAGCUGAAACCGGUUACAUGUCAAGAAGAUUGAUGAAGAGUUUGGAAGAUUUGUCUACCCAAUAUGAUAACACAGUGCGUAAUUCAUCUAAUGGUAUUGUUCAAUUCACCUAUGGUGGUGAUGGUUUGGAUCCUUAUGAUAUGGAAGGUGAUGCCAGACCGGUCAAUUUCAACAGACAAUGGGAUCAUUCCUUCAACUUGACCUAUAAUGUUGAUGAUAAAGGAUUGUUGCCAUACCAAAUCAGUGAGUUGGUUGACUCGAAAUUGUCUCCACUUGAGACGGGUAAUAAUGCGGAAACUGAGUUUUACAAGUCUAUAAAAGAAUUUAUUGCCAAAAAGUCGGACAGAUUAGGUAGACUUAGAGAGGAUAGAGGUUUGAAGGCGUUUGUAACUGCUGGAGAUAUGGAGGUGGAUGAAGAUCCAGCUGUUGUUAACUCGGUUAAUCAAAUACUUAAGAUUUCUCAAAAGACUAUUGAAAAAUUCCUUGAACAGUGUCUUUACAAGUACUCCCGUGCCAAGGUCGAACCAGGUACAGCUGUGGGAGCUAUUGGUGCACAAUCUAUUGGUGAGCCAGGUACACAAAUGACAUUAAAGACUUUCCAUUUUGCUGGUGUGGCGUCGAUGAAUGUCACAUUGGGGGUUCCUCGUAUUAAAGAAAUUAUUAAUGCUUCUAAAGUUAUUUCUACUCCUAUUAUUAACUCUGUGUUGGUGAAUGACGAAGAUGAGAUUGCUGCACGUGUUGCCAAAGGACGUAUCGAGAAGACUCUUUUGGAAGAUGUUGCAUUUUACAUCGAAGAUGUGUAUAAAGAUAACCUUUGUUAUUUGUCGAUCAAGAUUGAUUUGGAAACUAUUGACGAA